AUGUUUAAAAACGGCACAUCAGCCACAUAUGGCUUCCUCAAGCAGUCUGAAGAGCAGUUCCUGUGCUCUGAGCCAAACACCACUUCAUGUGGAAACAACUUUUGCAUGGUUUGUAUCACAAAGUACUGGGAUAGCAAGGACCUGUGUCUAUGUCCACUGAGUCAGGAGAACUUCUACAGACGACCUAAGCUUUGUGUCAACACAACCUACAAAGAGGUUGUAGAGAAUUUUAAAAGGACGAGAGACAAAGGUAAAGAUGAGUCCCCUUCCAAACCCGGAAAAGUGCCUUGUGACGUCUGCACUGGGACGAAGCGCAAGGCCUUAAAGUCCUGCCUGGUGUGUUUGGCUUCUUACUGUAAGACUCACCUGGAGCCUCAUCAGAUUGCCUCACCCUUAAAGAGACACAAACUGAUCAACCCUGUGGAAAACCUGGUAGACAGGAUCUGUCAGAAGCACGACAGACUCCUGGAGCUUUUCUGUAGGACUGACCAGACAUGUGUGUGUCAGUUCUGCACUGAGGCAGACCACAAGACUCAUGACACUGUCCCUAUAGAGGAAGAGUGA